AUUCCUUUCCGCGUAGCUGACUGACGCUAAAUUGGGUAUUUCCGACUUUCAAGACGUUUUGAACGCAACUUUGGAACGGAACCGGAUGUGCUACUUGUUUUUGUAUGUAACGUUACUUUGGAAGGUGUUAACAGCAGUAAUGGCGCAUUGCGCGAAGCUGCUUCUUGCCGUUUAACCGGCUGGAGUUUUCGAACAAAUUGGACACCAUUGCCGGCGACAUGAAUCCAUCUAACCCAUUUGGAAUUCCACAAGAUGUAGGUUUCCAAGCGACGAGCAACACUAACACCAGUUUGUUCCAGUCAUUUGGACAGCAAACCCCCAGCGGUGUACCUCAGAAUGUGGGCAAUUUUCACUCAUCAGCGUUUAGCCUACCAUCGGCCUCAAAACUGCCCGGGACGAACAUGUUUGGACAGGGCCCUUCAUUUGGGCAGCAAUCACCACAAACAUCAUCGCUUCCCAGCCAUACUCCAGCUUUUACGGUGGGAGCAACGAACUCGGGCUUUGCUAGCAGUGCAGCUCCAGCUUUUGGGUCAGUUAGUGGACCGAGCCAGAGUUCAGCUUUUGGAAAGACGCCUGCAUUUGGUCAGCAGGCUGCAUUUGGUCAGGACCCAAGUUUUGGACAGCCAUCUUCAGGUUUUGGACAAAAGCUCUCAGGCUUUGGACAGCAGGCUCCAGGAUUUGGAACCACGCAACUGGCCUCUAGCGCCACAACUUCUUCAGGGCCACCUCAGCAGAUAGGUUUUGGACAGUCUGUAUUUGGACAACCACCAACUACCACUGUUGCCAGUAGCGUGUUUGGUACGACUCAGACCCAGGUCAAAGGAUUUGGAUCAGAAUUCAGUUUUAAGCCCGCCAGGGAAGUUCUUUUCAAACCCAUCUACAGUGGCAGUCCUGAGCCCUCUAACCCUCAAACCACAUCACUGUCCAGCUUACCUUUUGGCAGCACCACAGAAAAGGUCAGUUUCAGCACUGCUGCUAGUAGCAGCACCACCACCGGCUUCUCGGGAGCAAAGUCUGGGUUGCUGGGCUUCAGUUUCUCUCAGCCUGCUGCUGCUCCAUCCCUUCCAGUCCAAAACAACCCACUAACAACCAUCAAUAACAGCGGUCUGCAGUUCACCUUUUCCCAACCCGCUGCACCCUCUAGUUCCAACACCAAUGCACCCAUCACCCAGCCCAAAACACCAUCCACUUUCAGCUUUUCAACCAAAACCCUCCAACCCCAGACGGCACAACUUUUUGGAGGAACCGGUGUUGUUCUACCCUCCGCUUUCGUCGACAAUAAAUCUAAAGCAGAGUCGACUUUGGACAAUAAAAUGAGCCAGGAGGGUGACACAAAUGUCUUUGCACAAUUUAGAAAAGGUACGAAGCGUAAAGAAGAGCCUGCACCAACUGUGUCCAGUGCUACUCUCGAAGCUGUUGCAGAGGAGGACGAAACAUCAGAAACCGCUUCACUGAGACAGCCCCCAAAGAGGCCUCUGAUGAGGUCUCGUGCCCCUAUGGGGUUAUUCACCAGAGCACUAAGUGGACUGCGAAAAGCUGUGGCCAAUCCAGUUAGACAAGAGGCAAAGGAGCCUCUGCCACAGAAACAACAGCAAGAGGAGCUGAUGAGCGAGCAUUCCAAAGUACUGCAUGAAAACCUGACUGCUACCACAUCUGCGGUACAAACUCUGAGCCCUGAGAUACCGGAAAAAGCCGAACAGUCAGAUAUACCACACCCCCAAGAACUGAUGGCUAAAACCAAGACGCCAGUGAGAGCUGCCGAACGAAGCGAGAGCUUGGACAGCCUCAGCGGAAUGUGUCCCACUGACUGCACUACCAUUCAGUGCAAGAAUAUGCCUCCGGCCCUCAACAAAAGGGACAUCAUCCAGAAGCAUUUUUCUCGCUUUGGCAAAGUCUGCAAGGUGUACUGCCGGCCUGCUCGGAACACAGCCGUCGUGCACUUCGACAACCAUGCAUCUGCAGCCAAAGCUAAGAAGAGAGGGAAACUCCUGCAUCAUCAUGAACUCCUCCUCUUGUGGCAGAGAAAGAAACAAAGUCCAGGGGAAAAAAGCAGUAGACCUGUGGCAAGAAAAGAGGAGGAUGAGGGCAAAAAUCAGGACAACGCAAAUUUCAAGGUGUCAUCUCCUCUCAGAAGACCUCUACUCAGCAGUACCUUCAGCCGCAGCUCACCAGUGAAGAAGCCACUGAUAGGCAAGACUCUUCAGUUUGACGCUAAACUUCAGAAAGAAAAUGUCACGAUGACUCAGUGGUCAGAGUGCCUCGUCCCCCUUAUCGGCAUUGUGGCUGAGACAUCCGAGGACAAGUACCGCCUUCUCGAGCAGAGGGACAAAAUUCUGCGGCAAGGUCGACCCAAAGGUAUGGACGUGGACCUCUCUAAGGUGUUUGUCGGAACAUGUCCCGACAUGUGUCCAGAGAAGGAGCGAUACAUGAGGGAAACAAGGAAUCAGCUCAGCAUAUAUGAAGUCCUCCCCAACACAGAGAUGGUGGAUCACGCAGCCUCAAUUAAAGAGUACAGUCGUUCAUCUGCUGACCAGGAAGAGCCCCUUCCCCAUGAGUUACGCCCCUUGCCAGUACUCGGCAUGACCAUGGACUAUCUGGUCACUCAGAUCAUGGACCAGGGUCAUGACAGCUUGCGAGAUUGGUAUGAUUUUGUUUGGAACAGGACCCGGAGCAUCCGAAAGGACAUCACCCAGCAGCAUCUGUGCUGCCCACACACGGUCUCACUGAUCGAGAAGUGCACACGCUUCCACUUGCAUUGCGCACACCAUCUCUGCGAAGAGCCAAUGUCCGUUUUUGACAUUAAGAUCAACAACGAGAACUUGACAAAGUGCCUGCAGAGCCUGAAAGAAAUGUACGAGGACCUGAAGGACCGUCACAUCUACUGCCCCGGCGAAGCCGAGUUCCGCCAGUACUGUGUGUUGCUGCAGCUCAACGAUGGGGACAUCCUACGUGAGGUCCAACAAUUCCGUGAUGAAGUGCGCAACUCCCCCGAAGUGUAUUUUGCAGUGCAGGCAUUUGCCGCACUCAACAGCAACAACUUUGUGCGUUUCUUCAAGCUGGUGAAAAGAGCAUCUUACCUGGCUAGUUGCCUCCUCCACAGAUAUUUCAAUCAGGUCAGAGCAAAGGCAUUAAAAACCUUGACCAUUGCUCACACUGUGGGUCCACGGGCAACUGCUUUUCCACUGGAGGACAUUGUUCGGAUGUUGAUGUUCUGCAGUGCUAAAGAAGCAACUGACUUCAUCCAGCAGUACAGCCUCAAUGUCAGCGAGGGUGUGGUCGAUCUGAAUCGGAUAGCCUAUCAGGAGCCAGAGCUGCUAUCCCAGAAGAAGUCAGAGAUCAUUCAGGCUAAAAAAAAAACGUUGACUGGUGAAGUUGUGAAUGGAGGCCCCCUCCCCAGUCCUCCCCAGCAUAAACCUGUCUGCACCUUUGACUCCCAGAACAAGUACAGAGGAGAAGGCCCUCUGGCUGAGCCUGCACCCAAUCCAUUUAAAGCCAUUGCUCCCAAGGUGGAGGUUAAGGCCCCACCCAGCGUGCAGUUGCAAACACAGGAUUCGCCAGUCAGGCAUCCUGAUGUCCCCAAUGUUUUUGGGCUGAGACAAGCCGUUCCAGAAAAGACAGAGUCAAGCGAUUCCUUAAACAGUUUGGCCCUCCAGGCUGGAGCCCAGCAACUAUUCCAGCCUCCACCACAGUCUCCACCUGUCAAAGCACCCGAACCGGAACCUCAGCCAGUGUUCAGCGAUGAGGACAUUCUGGCUGAAGUGGACUCAUUGAUUGACGAAAUGGUUGGGAUGUCUGCGAUGGAGGUAGCUGCUGAUGGAGCCAGUUAUGCCACAACAGCUCUUGGUGAAAGCAGUGUGCAGGCUGGAUCCGUACUGGAUGAGGUUUUAGAAGAAAUGCUGCAAGAAUUGUCCUCUAUCGAGGUCCAUCUAGAACAAGAGCGUGUCGCUGAAGAGAAACGCAGGAUUGAGGAAGCAAGGAGGAAACGGGAGCACGAGGCCUUCUUGGCCAAGUGCAGACUUUCUUUAUACACAGAGAUCAUGGGGGAAGUAUUAGAUGAGACUGUCAAGGAGACUGCCACCACAGUGUUGCAACAUGCAGUGGAUGAGAAAGCACGUUGUGUUGCUAAAUGUUCUCAAGAUGUCUGCACUGGUCUAAUUGAGGAGACUUUAGAAGCAGAUAUUGCUCUGCUGGUCGGAGAAGUCCUUGCGGCUGAGCUGCAGCGUGCUCACAAGUACAUCAAAAGGUGGCGUGAUGUGGUAGCAGUGCGCCGGCAGCUGAAGAGACAGAUGAGAGGCUUCCCAGCAGCUCCUUGCUUCGUGGACCCUCACUUCAAAUUAAAGGCGCUGGCUCCAAGUGCUCCGGCACAGCAGUCCAUAGAGGAUCUGACUCGUGGGAUGGUAAACCUGGGAAACGCAGGAAGGUUAUCGCUGUCCAGCACCAGGGUGUUGAAAAUGAGACAUUUGGCAGUCCACCAGAUGAGAGUCCAGUAUUUCUAUCAGCACCUUCUUGAUGAGUUAGUGUGGGCGCCACUUGACCUGCCAACACUGGUAAUGGAAAAUCUCCACAACCCACCUGAUAGAAUCUUCUGGAAAGCUGUUGUCCUAUUACCGAGUGACCAUGAAAGUGUAGCCAGCCUGGCAGACAGGAUUCUGUCCGAUUGGCUCGAAGCGAAGCUUGGCGGCGGCCAGGGUUCAAAGUUCAUGGAGGAACAGCGGGAUGGCACAUUGCAGACCCUCUGCCUGUCCAACACCAUAAAGGACAAUGGACACCGCACCCAUAACGUCCAUGUCAGCAUCAAGGUGUCCAGAGGUCCGCUGACUGCAGAUGGCUUAUCUAAAAUGGAGGAGUGCUGUGAGCUGCAGGGGGCAGGAGCUCUGAUCACGUUGCUGCCCGCACUGCCCGUCUCGGAGCCCGAUCGUGACGGGCGGGACGUCCCUCUGCUCUCGGCCCUGCUUCAGCUCAAACAGUUGCAGCAAGCCAGCACCUGGCACUGCCCACUGCCUCUGGUCAUUUUGGUGCCAGGCCCUGACCGUGGCACCUGCAACACUCAACAACUUGCAGACGACCUGAUGCUGCCUAUGCUAAUAACGGAUGGUCUCAUAUCAGAAUACACAUUGUUGUUCAUACCAGAAACCACAAAUGAUAUGCAAGGAUCCAAACAGCUCAGCUGCGCUAUGCGUUGGCUUCUGCCCCGUGCACCUGCACCCAUCCCGCUCUCCUGCCAGACCCUGGAGCAGCUUGCAGAGGCCAGCCUGAGUCGUGAGUUCAGUCGCAGGGUUUCGGCUCACUGCCAGGAGCGUGCCGCCGCUGGGCUCCCUCCGCAGGAUCCCGCUCCCGUCAUCCAGCUGUACAACGCCGUCAUCAGUCACAUUGCCGACAAAGUGUCGUCGGAGGAGCUCUCCGUAAUCUCGUGGCCGCCCGCAGAGUUCUGCCUGCCUGAGACCGACGGAUUUGUUCCACAUCUGGGCUGGAACACUGGCCCACACCUGGCCUGGUUGCGUAAAACCGUCCUCAACUUGCAGCUGCCACAGUGGAGGAAUUCUUCGACCACAGACUCCUGGUCUGAGCUGUGCUCGGCCAUCUAUCGCUAUGCCGAUCAGCUCGUAGUGACACGCGGCAGCCAGCCCCUACUCAUGUCACGUCUGGAAAAUCUACUCGAGCGUGUCAGAAUUAAAGAGCACCACAGGAGAACUUCUGCUUCCAAGCGAAGCUUGAACUUCUGGCAUGAUGAUACUCACGAUGCCGUGUGUCCAGCAUUUUGUACCCAGAUCCCUUGGGUUGACGUGCUGGUCAUCUGCAUUGACCACAAACUCAAAGACUGGCAGCUCCCUGGACCACCCGUCUGUGAAGAUGCUAUGACAAAAGAUGGGGAGAUCCUGCUUUACUAUCUUAGCGAGUCAUCAAAGGGCUUCCACCCGCCCGCGGACUGGAUCGAGGCUGUCCGAAUGACUCACAGGGAGAAACAGCGAGAUGACAAAGGGACAAGUUCAGCUCCCUGCCCCACAGCCAACAGCCUGCCAAUCAGGCAGAUAUUGUUCCCGAGUUUGCUGGAGCCCCUGGAGGCUCAGGAAGCCCCUCUGGACAUCUCCCACGCCCCCAAAGCAGUAGAGGUGCUCACCCAUAAGGUGUUCCAGACUUUAGAAGAGGAGAAGGCUCAAAGCAGAAGGAGCACACAGCAGCUCCAGCGCUGGCUCGACGGUGGCGACUGUGUGGACAACUGGUCCACGCCGCUCCUCAUCCCAUCCUCCAUCUUGCUCUCCAUGCCCGCUUUUCUAAAGCACGGACCCUCAGGCAAGCCUUCGGGUGCUGUUUUCACUAAGGAAGCACACAGCUUUGUGCCACAGAAGGAAGACAAGUGGUCCCAGAGGAGUCGUUUGUCACUGACUGAGCGAGUGAAGGACCUUCAGCAGCAGGUUGAAGCAAGCCAAGAGGAAGAGUUGGCCUGCAAACUGAAACUGAGUGCGAUGAUGAGCAUUGUUGAAGACUGAGUGAAAAUACUUUGUUUUUAUAAGACCCUAGUUUUUUACGUUCUUUCAUUAUCAACUUAUGCGUUUGCAUUGAAAGUGUUUUAUGUGGAUUUGUGAUUUAUUAUUACAAACUUUUCUUUGACCAUACAUUAAAAGUGAAAACUGUAUUCA